UGCGGCGGGAGCGGCCGUGGGGCCGAGGUGGGCGCACCAUGGAGCUGCUGCCCCGCAGCCCCGGCGACUUCGGAUCGGCCCGGUACUGGGAUCGGUUUUUCCGGCAGCGCGGGCAGCGCCCCUUCGAGUGGUACGGAGCUUUUCCGGAGCUCUGCCCCGUCCUGCACAAGUACGUCAGGCCCUGCGACAAGGUUCUGGUGGUGGGCUGUGGGAACUCGGAGCUGAGUGAGCAGAUGUACGAUGUGGGGAUGUGUGAGGGUAUUGUGAACAUUGACAUCAGCGACGCAGUGAUCCGUCAGAUGCGAGAGCGGAGCGGCAGCAAGAGGCCCAAGAUGAGCUACCUGGUGAUGGAUGUGUUCCAGAUGGACUUCCCUGAUGCCGAGUUUCAGGUGGUGUUGGACAAAGGCACACUGGAUGCCAUCCUCACGGAUGAAGAGGAGGCUACUCUAGCCAAGGUGGACAAGAUGUUUGCUGAGAUCAGCCGGGUCCUGCAGGUGGGAGGGCGCUACCUCUGUGUCUCCUUGGCUCAAGCCCACGUGCUGAAGAAAGCAGUGGAAUACUUCUCCCAGGAAGGCUGGGUCGUGCGUGUUCAUCAGGUAGCCAGCAGCGGAGACAAGCAGCAGUUUGUCCUGCCUAUCUUUGUCUACGUCAUGACAAAGUUCAGGAAAAUCCCAGGCUCGGCACCACGGAUCCUGGAGAUCUGCCCAGAUGAGCAGCAGAAGCCGAUGCGGGUGGAGAGCACGGAGCAGCUGGUGGCAGCAGUGAGGGACAGGCAGCAUUAUGCCCUGCUCCGCAGCCAGCUGAGUGGAACGCCCUGUGGGGAGCAGGUUGCCCUGGACCUGUGUGACAGAGAGAGCGGCAGGCCUCGCUACACACUGCACGUUGUUGACAGUCCCUCAGAGAAACCUUCCCGUGACAAUCACUUUGCCAUCUUCAUCAUCCCACAGGGCAGAGAAACCGAGUGGCUCUUUGGGAUGGAGGAAGGGCGGAAGCAGCUGGCCAGCAGCGCAGGCUUCAGGCGCCUGGUCACCGUGGCCCUGCACAGGGAACAGCACUACGAGGGCAUGGCUGGCAUCCAGGCGGAGCUGUCGGCGAAGGUGAUGGAGCUGGCCCCGCCAGGCCUCCCUGCCCAGCAGCAGGUGCCCUUCCUGUCCGUGGGAGGGGACAUCGGGGUGCGGGCGGUGCGGCACCGUGGCAGCAGCCCCCUGAGCGGGGACUACGUGGUGGAGGACGUGAGGGGGGAUGGCAGCUGCCACUUCCGGCGCCUCAUCUUCCUCCGCAGCAGGAACGUGGUGCAGUCAGAGGCUCGACUGCUGCCCUCCCUGCCUCUCCAAGGCCAGAAGAAGCGGAGGAAGGACAAGAAGAAGCCCAGCCCUGCUGAGCCACCUGCGGCCGUCGACAAGAGCUACCUGUGCUGUGAGCACCACAAGGCCAUGGUUGCUGGGCUCUGCCUGCUGGGGGGCCCCGACCCCCUCCCAGGAACCCCUCUGGCGGUGCUGGUGGUGGGGCUCGGCGGGGGCAGCCUGCCUCUCUUCAUCCACGACUACUUCUCACAGGCCCACGUGGCCGUGGUGGAGAUUGACCCUUCCAUGCUGGAGGUGGCUACAGGCUGGUUUGGCUUCUCCCCGGGUGACCGGCUGCAGGUGCAUGUCUCGGAUGGCCUGGACUACGUGGCCAAGCUGGCAGCUGAAGCCCCAGCCCAGUAUGAUGCCAUCAUGUUUGAUGUGGACAGCAAAGACCUCACAGUGGGGAUGAGCUGCCCGCCCCCAGCCUUUGUGGAAAAGCCCUUCCUGCAGAAAGUUAAAACCAUUCUCAAGCCAGAAGGAGUGUUUCUGCUCAACCUGGUGUGCCGUGAUGCCCAGCUGAAAGAGUCUGUCCUGGGCACCCUCAGGGAGGUCUUCCCCCUGCUCUACGCGCGCCGCAUUGCAGGAGAAGUCAACGAGAUCCUGUUCUGCCAGCCCAGCCCUGAGGCCCAUCGGGACACUGCAGAGCUGGGGGCUCGUGCCCAGGCACUUGAAGGGGCCCUGCGGCAGCCUGGGUGCCCCUGGGACAGCUCCUACGUGCUGGCAGACAUGCUGCAAGCCAUCCAGAUCCUCUGAGAGGGGCCCUGAUACUGCUUGAUGAGCGCUGUCCCUGUGUGGGUGCUGUGCCCCACAGCAGAGGGGUGCCCAUGGCUGAGACUGCUGCCCUGGACGGGCUGGCAGUGUCCUGGGUCUGCCUGAAGGACGUGACUGGUGUGAAGAGCUGCUCCCUGCAGUGUGGCUUCCCAGGCAGGGCUCUGGGGGUGUGGGAGGCUGUGCAUCCCAAGGGGUUACAUAGAGUGGUGCGGGGAAGAUGAUGUGGGACUAACAGUACUUGGGUUUGGGUCUGUCCUCAUUGCUUUCCCAUUGUGGGAAAAGCAUCCCUCCAGCCAUCCCCUUCCUCUCAGCUCCUUCCCUCUGGUGCUGCCUCUCCCUGCAUCUCCAGCAUUCCUGGUCACAGGUCUCGGCAGAGCUCCAGCCCUGCCCCAGGCCUGGUUAUGGAUGCAUGUGGGCUGAGAGCUGUGAAAAUAAAAGUGGUCAGGGCUACUCUGAGCCCCCCAG